GGGGGUGGGCGCGCCGGUCUGGGGGAGUGGAUUCGAGGAGGCGGGGGGAGGGUCCCAGAUUCGGGAGUCUCGACGAGCCCAAGGAGGGGUGCGUUCGUCCAGGUUCCCGAGGCGCGGCCGGAGCUGACCCCGAGGCCCGGGAGCGGAGGGGAACUAGACACCGCCCCCGUUGGCGCCGGGAAGCGUCGCUCCUUCUUGCUGACCUUGGUUUCUCUUGUCGCCUCGCCCUUGGCCACAGUCACUGACGGACUCAGAGCCCGAGAGAAGGACAGACAGGCCCCUGGACGGACGGGAACCUAGGACCUAAGCACACAAAUUGCCCCAGCCUCUCCCGCCGGCUCUGGGGAGCUCCGACCUCCCCCACCUCAACGCUGGGCUAUCCAGCCCAGGGUUAAUGCCAACGAGUUUCCACCUCCAGCCGCUCCUAGAGAGGCCGCGGCGCUAGCCAACGGGGGAAAUUGGCCGCGGACGGACACUUCCUGUGCGGGGGAAAGGGGGUCGGACAACCGCAGCCCAGCCCGGUCCGGGGGGCAGACGGCGGGGUCUCGGGCGGGGAGCGGUGUCUGGGGGCGUCAGGGCGAGUCGUGAAGCCCCUAGUCUCCGAGACCACGACGCGUGAGGGCCCCAGGGAUCGUCCGCCAUCGUCGCUGCCGCCGCCGCACUGGAAGCCAGCGGGGAUGGAACGGGAGGCGUCGCCGUGGGGCGUCGAGCCCCGGGAUGUGCAAAGUCCUGACGAAAUAGGGAGCCCUGAAGAGUCCCUCAGAGGUGAAGGAGGGAGCGCCCCUCCGAGGAUCGUGCCUGAAAGCGUUAGAGGGGGCUGUGGCAACAUGAGUGAGAAUGAGGAAGAGGAAAUUUCUCAGCAAGAAGGCACUGGGGACUAUGAAGUCGAAGAGAUACCUUUUGGGCUUGAACCCCAGAGCCCUGGGUUUGAGCCACAAAGCCCAGAGUUUGAACCUCAGAGCCCCAGGUUUGAGCCUGAAAGCCCAGGCUUUGAGUCUGGAAGUCCUGGGUUUGUGCCCCCAAGCCCUGAAUUUGCACCCAGAAGCCCUGAAUCAGAUUCUCAAAGCCCUGGGUAUGAGCCCCGGAGCCCUGAGUAUGAACCCAGGAGCCCUGGGUAUGAACCCCAGAGCCCCGGAUAUGAAUCUCAGAGCUCCAGGUAUGAACCUCAGAACCCUGAGUUCAAAACCCAAAGCCCUGAAUUUGAAGCUCAGAGUUCCAAGUUCCAGGAAGGUGCAGAGAUGCUUCUCAGUCCCGAGGAAAAGAAUCCGUUGAGCAUCCCCUUGGGAGUCCAUCCCUUGGACUCCUUCACCCAGGGGUUUGCGGAGCAGCCCACAGAAGGCCUGUCACUAGGGCCACCUUUUGAGAUGCCCACAGGGACCCUGUUGGCCACACCCCAGUUUGAGGUGCUCCAAAAUCCCCUGGGCCUGACAGGGACCCUGAGGGGUCCAGGCAGAAGGGGUGGCCGGGCUAGGGGCGGGCAGGGCCCUCGGCCUAACAUCUGCGGCAUCUGCGGGAAGAGCUUUGGGCGAGGCUCCACCCUGAUCCAGCACCAGCGCAUUCAUACCGGUGAAAAGCCCUACAAAUGUGAGGUCUGUAGCAAGGCCUUCUCCCAGAGCUCUGACCUCAUCAAACACCAGCGCACCCACACAGGCGAGCGGCCCUACAAGUGUCCCCGUUGUGGCAAGGCCUUCGCUGACAGCUCUUACCUGCUUCGCCACCAGCGCACCCACUCUGGUCAGAAGCCCUACAAGUGCCCACACUGUGGAAAGGCCUUUGGCGACAGCUCCUACCUCCUGCGGCACCAGCGCACCCACAGCCAUGAGCGGCCCUACAGCUGCCCUGAGUGCGGCAAAUGCUAUAGCCAGAACUCAUCCCUGCGUAGUCACCAGAGGGUGCACACUGGGCAAAGGCCCUUUAGCUGUGGCAUCUGUGGCAAGAGCUUCUCCCAGCGCUCGGCACUUAUCCCCCAUGCCCGCAGCCAUGCCCGUGAGAAGCCUUUCAAGUGCCCUGAGUGUGGCAAGCGCUUUGGCCAGAGCUCUGUGCUGGCCAUCCAUGCCCGCACCCACCUGCCAGGCCGCACCUACAGCUGCCCCGACUGUGGCAAGGCCUUCAAUCGCUCCUCCACGCUGAUUCAGCACCAGCGCUCGCACACAGGCGAGCGGCCCUACAGGUGUGCUGUGUGUGGCAAGGGCUUCUGCCGCUCGUCAACACUGCUGCAGCACCACCGGGUCCACAGCGGGGAACGGCCCUACAAAUGCGAUGACUGUGGAAAGGCCUUCUCGCAGAGCUCUGACCUCAUCCGCCACCAGCGGACCCAUGCUGCUGGCCGGCGCUGACGGGGGGGGCCCUGUCGGGAGAAGGGCGGUGGUGGGCAGAGAAGGGGACAGGGAGCUAGAGAAUCAUGGAGAACAGUGGGAAAACUGGAGGAGAAAGGAAGAGUUGACAAUUCUGGGAGACGGGGGUCAGGGGGGAGGAAGUUACGUGCCCUGGAGACUUAUGGGAAAUGGGUAAUGAAGAGGGGUUGGAGGGAGGCCAAGCAGGCGGCAGGAGGCUCUGGGAGAAUCCAGAGAGGUCAACGGACAGCUGCCCUCAGUGGCAGCGUGCCCCUUGUAGAUGUGUGGCUUGGCAGAGCACUAGGUGGGGGUAGGGGGAGGGAGGGCUUGGGUUACCUAAUUAGAGUGUGGUAGCUUAGAUUGGUAGCUGCUGAGACCCUUGUUGAGUCAGGAAGGGGUAAGGGUAGGUGGGGUGGGGAGUAAUGCCCGGGUGGGGUCUGGGUUUCUGAGUGCAAACCCCAGCCUCCCUUGUCUCCCUCAGGCUUUGGACCCCCUGAAUUUGAGUUCAAUAAAAACCUUUAUGUGGUAAAA